AUGAGCUUGUCAGUCGACUCCGAUUUCUUUGAGGGCUUAGGGUUUCAACCGUCCUCUAUCGGUGGUGAUGGUGGCAGCGAAGCUGACAAGUUUGGCGGGAGAAAUGGAAUCUCCGAGAAGAGGAUGCAUAGGCAUAGCAGUUCCAUGGAUGGGUCAUCGUCUUCCUUCGAGGUGGAGACGCUUGAUAGUACUAAGAAAGCUUUGGGACCCGAUAAGCUUGUGGAGCUGGCUUUGAUUGAUCCUAAUAGAGCCAAGAGGUUUGGCUUUUUCCCUAAUAAACUUGUUGAACAUAAUGGGUGUGGAAUGUUCAAAUGGAUUGAAGAUGAGCGACCGUGCUCAUCUACCCAACAUACCCCAACUUCAUUUGAGGGUGCAGAAACCUCCACAACUGAAGAAGCUGCUUCAAUUGAAUCCGUGUUUAUGAAAGGAUACUUGAAAGGGGUAUUGAAAGGCUCAGAAAAUCAAACAAGAUUGUUACAAGAAGUAGUUGAUACGUUCAGUGAGAUGGAACUGAACGCAAGGAGGAAAACAUAA